AUACUCGUCAGUCAGCUUUUCGCAUUGCUAUUGUAAGUACGAUACAUGCGACGAGGUGUCCGACGGUAAAAGUUUAAACGCGAUUAACACGAUUGUAUUUUAUGUUACGUAGGAACGUAAUUUUUUACUUUAUAAAUACAUAAUCACGUAGCUAAUUCAUUAAAGAAUAAAAUCGAAAAUUUUGUAAAAAUGGAUAGCCCAUUACCGCAUAUUAUAGAAAGUGCGGAUUGUGAUGGUACUUCCAAACCGAAAGACAGGUUAGUUAAUCUUCUGGAUCAGAUUGAAGUGCACGUAGAACAACUGAGAAAAGAUGCCUGGAGACUUGAAGAAGAAAGAGAUACUCUGCUGACUACUUUGGACACGCUCAGAAAUAAUGAAAUUUUGAGUGGAUUAGAAGAAACUGAUAAAGAUGAUGUACUAAGGUAUGCUGAGAGAUUGUCCUUAAGAUGUCUAACAGUCGAUGUUUUAGUCAAAAUACAACGUGACCAAAUUCAGCAAGAAGCACUACAUCAGGUAAACGGUUUGAUCGAUAGUUUAAUCAUUAGUCUACGCGAUGAUCCAGUUGGAACUAGACAGCGUUGUGCAUCUUUCAUGAAUGCUUGUACUUCCCAAAGUUUGGGACAUUCUGAUAAAACUUUUGAAACUGCUAUUCUUGGAUGUACUAUGGACGAUCAAAAACGGAUAAAGAAAAGACUACAGGGGUUAUUGGAUUACAUUGAUAAAAUGCAUACCAUCCAGUUACUAUGAACCUUCGCGUGGAUUCUGUAAUUUUGAAAAAGAAGCAGAAAAAUUAUUCUUUGAAUGAACAGUUAGAGCAUUUAGUUGUUCCAAGGGAGAUGAGAAAAAUAAAACUAAUUAAAUCUGAGUACUUGAUUCAGUGGUGAUAUUUAUGAUAAAUGUAAAAAAAACAUCACUUACAUGUGAUUUAUCUUCUCCACAUAUGCUGUGAGUUACUACAUCUUGCUACUUACACGAAUAAGCUGCUGUACACUUUAUAUUUGCAACUGAGCAUUGGAUAUAGUAGGAAGUGAUUAUGCAAUUAUUACAGUAAUUACUGUAUGCCUGUAUUUGUUAAACAAUUAUGGUAUGUGUUAGAAAUGAAGGAAUAGUAGCAUUGAUAAAGCUAAUAUUCAAAGAGAAACAAAGUAACUAUAAAUGAAUAUGAAGCAUAUUUUAUUUAUGCCUAAUGAUCUGAAUAAUUUGGUAUUAGUAAUUUAAAUUUAACCUUUCCAUGAACAUAACUACUCUGCUGUGCCUACAGUAUAAAUCAUUGUUAAAUAAAGUAACUCAUUAUUAUUUUGAUUAUUUCAAAUUAAUAGUCCUUCCUACUAUCUAAAAAGUAUAUUAUAACAUGUUAAAAGAAAUGGAAUACAAAUUCUAAUUACGUGAAAAAAUAUGGCUUUGAGGUCUUUGUAUUUUAAAUACUAUUGGGACUUGUAAUAUAAUACUGUAGAUGAAGUUAUAUUUAGUGCGGAAUUGACAAUUUAUCGCGUACUACGUUUAUAAUAAAAUGAAUAAGGAUAUUAUGUAUAGUCUGGCAGAGUCUUUAAAUUUUCUUAGGUUUAUAUAAUUUUAUUUUACUUUACAUUAUUUAUGGACCAUUCAUGAUGCAAUAGUUUAUCACCAGGCUAUUUUAAUCAUAAAUUCUUUAUUCAUAUUUUUUUUAUAGCAAUUUAAUUGCAAUUUUUUUAAUAUAACCUACAGGUCUGAACCUAUGUACAUUACGGAAUAAAAAUAAUUGCGUUAAAA